UCUCUCCACUCGCGAUAUUACCACGCUCUCGCGAGUGCACGGCGGCUUAACGCGGACGAGGAGAGAGGGAGAUGGAGAGAAAUGAGGUCUGAAAAGGACCAGAUGACCGUGGGCAAGGAGAAAGGUGUCGUCGAGAUUCAGUUUAGGGACCUCCCGAGAGACCAGGAGAACGCGCCCGGAAACCCCAAACAGAAAGAGGAGAAGAAGGAGGUUUUCUCAAAGGUGGUGAUUCGAAGGCUCCCGCCUAACCUGUCAAAGGACCAGCUAGAAGAACAGCUAAGCCCUCUUCCAUCCUUCGACUACUUUGAGUUCUUCCCGGCAGAUCAAAGGUGUCGUAGUCUGUAUCCCCACCUGUUCUCCAGAGCGUACAUCAAUUUCAAAAACCCCGAGGACAUCCUGUUGUUCAGAGACCGAUUCGAUGGCUACGUCUUCAUUGACAACAAAGGUCAGGAGUAUCCUGCGGUCGUAGAGUUCGCCCCCUUCCAGAAGAUUUCCAAGAAGAAGCUGAAAAAGAAAGAUGCAAAAGCUGGAAGCAUUGAGGAAGACCCAGAAUAUAAGCGGUUCUUGGAGAAUUAUUCUUGUGAUGAGGAGAAAUCCAUGGCCAACCCAGAGACGCUGCUGGGGGAAAUAGAGGCCAAGACCAGAGAGCUCAUAGCCAAACGGACGACACCGCUGCUGGAGUACAUCAAAAAUAAGAAAAUUGAGAAACAGAGGAUCAGAGAGGAGAAGAGAGAGGAGAGGAGAAGACGAGAGCUUGAAAAGAAACGACAGAGGGAGGAGGAGAAGAGGAAGCGGCGAGAGGAGGAGAGGCGCAAACGGAAAGAGGCGGAGAAGCAGAAGAAAUUGUCUGAUAAAGAUAUUAAAAUUAAGCUCCUGAAGAAGAGCGACAGAGACGAUGAUGUGGAUUCAGACCGGAUGAAGGAUAAAAGUGACACCGGAGAGACAGACAGAGGCAAAUGGGAGAAAGCUGGAGGACAAAUGAAGUCGAAGGAGCCCAAGGAAAAAGGUCAGCCUGAGAGCGACAAGGAGCAGCGGGAGCAGCAUGGACGCAGACAGAGGGACAAGGAUCACCGUGGAAAGGAUGAAGAGAGGAAACGGCAGCGACACCACUACGAGUUUGACAAGUUCAUGCGUCGGAAAGAUGAGACCAAAUGGGGGAAGGGCUACUGCCAGGACCGAGCCAAGAAAGAGGGGCACCACCACAGCUACUCCUACUGUCCUGACAGUGGAGACAAAAUGGGAAAGGAGGACAGGGAGGACCUGGGUAAUAGGAAGGAACGCCUCCGAAACAAGGUGAGCGAGAAGGACCGUCCGGCCAUGCAGCUCUACCAGCCCGGCGCGCGCAACAGGAAACGCGUGAGCUCGGCGGCCAAGGGCUACGACUGCAUCGUCCCCGCGGGGCCCGUCUCGCCCGAGCCCCGGGCGGAGCACUGCUACGAGGUGGUCGCCGUGGCAACGGGGCUGGAGAAGGGGUUUGAGAAGGGCAAAGAUGAGCAGCAGUGAGUGGGCGCAGUGUUUCCGCGGCGACGUGAAUGAAGCGUCGGGGGGUUUUCAGAGGACGGUUGACGGUGACACCUUUCGACUGGUCGCCACCGAGCUUUUUUUCAAAGAUUGGGAUUUGCCACACUGAGGACAAAUGGCUCUUCAGAACCCACCUGUUUCCAUCAGUAUUAGGUGUAAUAAAGUUCGGAGCUUCGAAAGUUAUUUUUGUUUUGAAUCGACGCAGACAGUAUGAAUUACCUGAAUAGCACAACACUGAAUUCAGUUAUUAUUUUUUUUUCAGUUCUCAUUCGCAGAUUGGCACUUACACAUUAAUUAAUUAAUUAAUUAAUUAAUUAAUUAAAGUUGCUCCACCAGCACUUACUCACUGACGUAUUUAAGUGUCGUUCCUUCUGGUCACGUUUUCUGAAAGUGUGCGUCUGUAGGAGGCAGCUCAGUGGCACCAUCCAUCAACAGUUUGCUGGUUUAACCUCUUUCUAAGACUUUAUAUUUGUUGAUUAUCCAGUAGAUUCUGUUCAGAAUCUAAACUGUGUAGUAUAAGCAGAACCUACAGACACAUGCUGCGUGCAUUGUUGCGUGGAAAGACCAGCAAAGGAGACGAGAGGUUAUUCAUAAGCUUCCAGUUACAUUUGACUCAUCUUCCUCUAAGGAUUUGUUUGGCAUUUUUUUUAGGAGCCAUGCUUUUUUUGUGGUCCCGCCCGCCCCCCCUGAGCCAGGAAGAACAUAUUCUCUACAUUUCUAUACAUAAUUUAUUAGAAAAGAAAAUGACAAAGUCUGACACGGAUGAAUAGAUUUUCUAUGCUGUUUGAAGGGUUUUCUGUUGACGCUCGAAACUAACGUUCACAAAGUUUAACGAGCCGUACUUCAUGUUUGCACGCGCCCGACGUUUGUCUGUUUCUGAACCUGGGUCACUUUUCCUUCUCGUCGUGAGAAAAUAAAAAGCUCUUCUUCUUCUUCUUCUUC